AUGAGCGCGUGCGCUGCGGCCGCCAUGCGCGAAAAGCACGCGGCACCGCGCCGCCUCGCCUCACCGCCCUCUUCGCCACUCGACCAUCCCAGCCCUCUCGGCUCCCCGCGGGCUGACGAGCCCCUCGACCUCAGAGUCACGCACAAGCGCCCACAGCGAAUCGAAGAUGAAAACUGCAACCUGAUUACGCCCUCACCGCCGCCGCACCCUACACAUCCAGCGCAUCCAGCACAUCCAGCGCUAUUACAAUUCUGCAGACGUCUGCCUCUAGCGUUACCAGCAUCGUUUGGCCGCUAUCCAUUUCUUCCAGCGGCCGCCGCAACGCUCCUAGCUCCCGGUGCCCCCCGGCCUCCACCCGUCCCCCAAAACGCCGUCAACAGAGCGCGAGACCGUUACACGUGCUCCUACUGUGGCAAAGCGUUCCCCCGUAGUGCUAACUUGACACGUCACUUACGGACGCAUACCGGCGAGCAGCCGUACAGGUGCAAAUACUGUGAACGUUCGUUUUCCAUAUCGUCCAACCUGCAGAGGCACGUGAGGAAUAUUCACAAUAAGGAGAGGCCGUUUCGUUGCCGCCAUUGCGACCGUUGCUUCGGUCAGCAGACGAAUUUGGACAGGCACCUGAAGAAACAUGAAGCUGAGAACGGAGAUGAUAAUCGUAGGCGAUCUCCUGAGGAGACGUAUUUUGAGGAGAUCAGAUCUUUUAUGGGUCGCGUGGCUCCCGCGCGGCGGACGACGGCUGCCGCCGCGGCCAGUGCUGCGGAUCACACCUGA